AUGCUCUCAUCAUAUGCCCCAGUAAUCUCAGCUACAAAGGCUUACCAUGAGCAGCUAUCAGUUCCUGAGAUUACAAGUGCUGUUUUUGAACCAUCAAGCAUGAUGGCAAAAUGUGAUCCAAGGCAUGGGAAGUACAUGGCAUGCUAUUUAAUGUACUGUCGAGAUGCUGAACCUAAGCAUGUCAAUGCUGCUGUUGCUACCAUCAAAACUAAGCGGAUUGUUCAGUUAGUAUAUUGGUGCCCUACUGGCUUCAAGUGUGGUAUCAACUAUCAGCCACCCACUGUGGUACGAGGGAGUGAUCUUGCUAAGGUACAACGUGCAGCAUGCAUGAUCAGCCACCCACUCUGCAUGAUUGGCAGAGGUGAAGGAAUGGAGGAAAGUGAAUUCUCAGAAGCCCGUGAAGAUCUUGCUGCUCUCAAGAAAGACUAUGAGGAAGUUGGGGUAGAAGGUGCUGAAGACGAAGAAGAACCAGAAGAUUACUAG